AUUUAAAAUUUUUCAUUUCAAUUAGGCUUUGAAUCUGGUCGCAUAAUCGUUUGAAUACUGACACUUUUGAAUAAAGAUUGAGUUUACAUUUUUUUUCCUGAAAAAAUUAUUACUAGAUUUUGUUGUGUACUUGGCUAUUAUACUUCUACAUUCUUCGUUUUGAUUACUAGCGACUUGUAUGUUUUGGAUUGUUUUGUUUGGCAAUGUUGGAUUUGUUGUGUACUGGCAUUGUCUAUUACUAUAUUUAUAUUAUCCUUUAUCUAGAGAUCUGUCAAGGUAUUUGUGAUGCAUGAUCUGGUAAAUGACUUGGCCCGAGUUGUGUCCAACACUUUAGAAGCUUGUGUUUAAAUUGUCUUUCUUCAGUGGCUUGGAGGAGUUGCCUGUAUCAAUUGGCUUACUGAGGCAUCUUUGUCAAAGUAUCUGGAACAAAAAAUAAAAGGACGGUUGUGCGUGAGUUUUGGUUUUGCUGAAGGAUAGCAUAUCCAACUAUCUCUUUGUUGGCCUUAGCUAUGCUACCCACUGGAGCAAAAGAGACGCAAUUACGUGAAAACAAUAGUCAGAAGGUCCACCCUCAACCUGUGGAAGAGGCCAUGAAUCAGAAUCCUGAAGCUUCGGAAACUUUAAUGUCUAGACUCUUUACAAACAUAUCUUCCCUGAAGUCAGCUUAUAUCCAGCUUCAGUCUGCUCAUACUCCCUAUGAUCCUGAUAAAAUCCAGACUGCAGAUAAACUAGUUAUUGCGGAGUUGAAGAACCUGUCUGAACUCAAGCAUUUCUAUAGGGAAAACAACCCAAAACCAGUGUGUGUUUCCCCACAAGACUCUCGUUUGGCUGCAGAAAUUCAAGAACAGCAGAGCCUCCUGAAAACCUAUGAGGUUAUGGUGAAAAAGUUCCAGUCUGAAAUUCAAAACAAAGAUUCAGAGAUCCAUCAAUUGCAACAGCAGAUUGAGGAGGCUGGCCAGAAGCGGGCUAAGUUAGAAAAGAAUCUGAAGCUUAGGGGUUUGUUAACCAAAGACUCUGAAGAUGACAAUAGAUUUUUCCCAGUUGAUCUUACACCAGAUCUUUUCACAUCUGCUGCAGAGGCAGCUUCAAAAGCCAUUCAUGAUUUUUCUAAACCGUUGAUCAACAUGAUGAAGGCAGCUGGGUGGGAUCUUGAUGCUGCUGCCCACUCAAUUGAAUCUAAUGUCAUUUACACGAAGAGAGCUCAUAAGAAAUAUGCAUUUGAGUCCUACAUAUGUCAAAGGAUGUUUAGUGGCUUUGAGCUGGAAAGCUUUGGUGUCAAAACAGACAAUAUUACUGUCAGUAGGGAAAGCUUCUUCCAUCAAUUUCUUUCUUCAAGGGAGACGGAUCCCUUGGAUAUGCUAGGGCAAAAUCCAGAUUCCAUUUUUGGUAAAUUUUGUCGGAGCAAGUACUUAGUGGUUGUUCAUCCAAAGAUGGAAGCAUCAUUCUUUGGAAAUCUGGAUCAGCGAAAUUUUUUAGUUGGGGGUGGACAUCCAAGGACUGCUUUUUACCAGGCUUUUCUGAAACUUGCCAAGUCGAUUUGGCUUUUGCACAGACUUGCCUAUUCAUUUGAGCCAAAUGUCAAGGUAUUUCAGGUUAAAGCGGGGAGUGAAUUCUCUGAGAUCUAUAUGGAAAGCGUGAUAAAGAAUCUGGUCAUGGAUGACAGUGAUGUGAAGCCCAAGGUUGGGCUGAUGGUCAUGCCUGGAUUCUGGAUUGGUGGAAGUGUGAUUCAGAGUAAAGUCUAUCUCUCUAAUAUGAAGGUUGCCGAAUGAUUUUGGCAAAUACAUGCAGACCUUUUGUCCAAACAGUCUGCUGAUGUAUGUAGCUAGUUCAAGUUGCGUUUUCUGAUCCUGUAAUAUAAUGCUGUUUGUAAUAUAUUACAUUCCUGUUACUGGUCAGUGGCCUUUGAGAUGAAAUGUGCUCUGUGGGUGUCAGCGUUUACUUGCAGGUUUCAUUCUGUUGUGUGCUAAUAUCCGGCUUAAAAAUCCAAAGAGAUCAAGAUUGUAACUUUUCUGGGAACUCAUGUCCAGAAUCGUAUUAAUGCGGCAUAUAUAUGAAAUAUGUGGUGUUAUCAUCA